UUACUAGCAGCCAUACACAGGCCACUUACUAGCAGCCAUACACAGGCCACUUACUAGCAGCCAUACACAGGCCACUUACUAGCAGCCAUACACAGACCACUUACUAGCAGCCAUACACAGACCACUUACUAGCAGCCAUACACAGGCCACUUACUAGCAGCCAUACACAGACCACUUACUAGCAGCCAUACACAGGUGCACAGGGCUGGUGCGAGCUGCUGUAUGCAUCACCCAGAGAAGGGUAUAGCGCAGCCAUGCAGCACAUACAUUCCUCCCCGUACAGAACAGUAUAGCAUUGCAUCAUUAUAUACUGCAGAUGCGGCUCUUGCUCAGUCAGUAGUCCGUGUGCUCUUGUAGCCAAUAAUCGAUGGCCGUGUAAGCGUGUGUACCUCAGUUCCAAAUGCGGCUGAGAGCUGCGCUGCUAUUGGUACAUUCUAACCGGCUGUUAUGGCGCCGGUGACAGUAGCUGUGUUCAGUUACCAUGGCAGCCGCUACUUCCGCUCCCUGGUAUCCGGCGGUUACACAUGAUUCAACAGUACCACCGCGAACUAGUGCAAGAUGUCUUCAGAUGAGGAGCGCAGUAGAAGCCCUGUCAUACCAAAAGAUUCAGACCAUGGCAGUUCAGUGUCUUCAGAUUUCCAGGAUGAAUAUGACGAGCUUCUCCGUUAUGCUGUAGUGACUCCAAAGUUUGGGCCUCAUCUUCUCAGGGAGUAUCAACUGACUGCUGAACAAACCACAAGUGACAGGUUUUCAAGUCCCAAGGAAGCGGUGCAAGAGCAGAUUCCAGAAAGAAGCCAUACUUCAUUAAUAGAAGACAUUCCUAAAUGUUCAGACGGAGAACUUCAUAGAGGGAGUUCUGACACUUCUAACCCUCGUCCAUCUGUCUUUGACGAUCAGAAAGGUGUCUUGAUUUGCACCUUUAUUUCAGAACAACAAGCAUUUGAAAGAUCACCAUUUGCAUCGGGCAUGGAGGCUUUCUCUCCUGUUCAUUCCUCAGAGCUGUCUCUCCACGGCACGUCCAGCUCAGCCUCUUCUAGAUCACAGGUGGAAGAGGUCAGAGUCACAGAGCUGCCUGUCCCUUCUGAAGACAUGCAGCAGGUUGAAGGUGUACUUGAUCUAUGGAGCGGUAACCUGAAGACAAAUGUGAUGGCUGAAUUAAACAAAUGGAGGCUGACAAUAAUUGAGAAGCACAAGUUGGAGAUGAAAACACAGAGUGAGAAGCAUGCGGAGCACAUUAUACAUUUCAGCAACCAGAUAGACAACCUUCAGGGCUUACUACAGACCUAUGAGACUUCCAUACACAGGAAAGAUGAGGUGAUUUCUAACCUGACCCAUGCACUGGAGAAGCAGAAAGAAAAGAUCGAGCUAAUGCGAACAUUUACCCACUGGCGACUACAGCAAACAGAAGCCAGACAAGAGGAAUAUGUCUGCAAUCUGGCCGAUAGACAUUACAGAAAGGCAUUGAUGAAGAAUAUGUGGAGAAUGUGGCACUCGGCUAUAGAAUUGAACUGGAAGGAUAAGGUGGAGCGGGCCUGCCGAGCCAGAGCUGAAGAAGUGUGUAUUGAGCUGUCUAAUGACUAUGAAUCUAAGGUUGCCCAGCUGAAUGGAGCCCUGGAAGAUGCCAGAGCAGAAGUGCAAAGGCUUCAUGCGGAAAGGGGACAGUUCGAGGGCUCCAUGAAGAAAGCGUUCAUGCGUGGUGUCUGUGCAUUAAAUAUGGAGGCAAUGUCUAUGUUCCAAGGGAGAGAAAGCCGGAUGGAUCAAGAUCAACCACCCAGGAGAGAAGACCGCAGCUCCAGCCCCACAGUAACAUUUCAGCAGCUGCCAACCACCUCUGUUCCCCUGAGCUCCUCCCAGCAUGAUCUCCCCACACCAGUGCACACUCCAGCCGUCCUAUCGGAGCAAAAUUUUAAGCUGCAGUUUGGUCCAUCAAGUGCUUCCGAAUCGAAGGAUGAUGUGAGCACUCCAGUUGUAAUGUCUGCUACAACAUCAGGAUCGAGUAUAUUAUCAACUCAGAAACUGCCAGCAACGAGAGUUUUAACAUCAGGUCAUCAGAAGGCUGGGAGGACUAUAACAGCCCGUGUCACAGCUCGCUCUGAUCUAGCGCAGAAAAUCAGUAAAACUGGCGGUAACAUUGGCUCCAUGGGGGUUUCACCACCAAUGAGUUCCAUUGUGGUUGAAAAACAUCAUCCAAUAACUCAGCAAACCAUCUCUCAAGCCACAGCUGCAAAAUACCCUCGCUCAGUACAACAAAGUGCCAACUCCCUCAGUGGCAGGGGUACCGGGCAGAAUGCAAGAACAUCACAUGUUCACACUGGCAUCCAUUCAAUAAAAGUUGUCGACUGAUCUGCUCUGGUAGAUUGUUCCAAACUCACAGCCAAGCCAACAAGAAGAGGGUUUCACAGAUUACCAAGAUUAACAAUUUUUGGAAGAUUUGAAGCCAUGAUCUUAGAUGGAAUUUAUGAAUCAGAUUUUUGGAUAUGUGCUGAUCCUGGACUACGGAAGUGAGUUUUCGUGUUGCCAUACAGUGCAGUGGUAAAGAAAGCCUUAAUGUGUUUUGUAUGAGUUGUAUAGUAUUUAUCAUUGAUUUUAUUUUUCUAAAUCUGCUUUUUACACCUUUUUAAAUAUUUUAAAGAAUAAAAACUAUUGCAUACGCUAAAA